GGCCGACAAAUAGUCAGCACGCGAUCGCAACGACCAGACGUGCCGGCUAGCUGUACCGCGCCCGCUGCAGCAGUAUACCGCUGGACGAUUCCACACGACAAUCGUGUUCAUGUGCACGAGGGGGAGGGUCACGCAGAAGGACAAAUAUAAUUAAACAACCAAAAUGAGUGAUGACGAAGAUUUGCCGACGAGUAAACUAAAAGGCGAUGGAAUUAAUGAUACCGAAUCGGGCUAUUCGAAAAUGUUCAAAAACAAAAUGGAAAGCCGAAGAACCUUCUACAUAGUUUUAACAUUACUAAUAUUCAUAUUUGCAGUGCUCAUAAUAGCUGUUUUCGGAUUAUCGUUUGCAUACCUCACGAAGACGGAAGACCAAAGACGGAUAUGUACGACAGAAGACUGCUUAAGAUCUGCUUCAGCAUUAAUGGAGUCAAUGAAUAAAUCUGUAGAUCCAUGUGAAGACUUUUAUCAAUUUGCUUGUGGAAAUUUCGCAAAAUUGCAUAAAAUACCAAAAACAGCGAUUUCAAAUGAUCGAUUUUCCGAAGUACAUGCUACAAUGUUAUUACUUAUUAGAGAUUUUUUGGAAAGAGACGAUAGUGAAACUGAAUGUUAUGCUGUGUCGAUGUCCAGACGUUUGUAUCGCUCUUGCAUGGCAACAGAUAAAAUGAACACAGAUGGGAUUAAACAAUUAGUUCAGAUUUUAGACAAAAUUGGUUUACCGCACAUGGGGCUUUCUUAUAAGAUAAAAACGUCAAGUUUCUCGGCAAUUUUAGCUAGAUUAAAAAAGCAAAUAAACCUAGACUAUUUGUUUGUAACAAAUGUAGAAGCAGAUACAAAAAAUCGGUCAACUAAUCGAAUUAGUCUGGGUAAACCAAGAGAUACAAAUAUAUUUCCAGUUCACAAAAUAACAGAACAUAUAAAGAAAAUGAGUUCAAGAAAAAUGCGUGAAACACUAGCAUCUGAAGAAGAAGUAGGCAACACAAAUGACAGUGAAGAAUAUGCAGAUGGAAUUGAUUAUCUAAAAUCGUAUGCAAAAUAUUUCAAAGGCGUUUGGACGGAGAUAAAUAAAUUUCAAUCGAAUAAUUUUAAUCCUAAUUUUCAAACUUUUGGAAUUAAAGUAUCACAAUUAUUGAGUUUUAUCAAUGAACAUUCAAAAAUAAAAGAUGAAAUUUAUGACAAAGAUGAUGAACUUCCAUCAGUUAUGACUGUUGAUGAAUUACAAAAUUAUACAAAUGAUAUUACACGGAAUUAUACUGAAUCAAAUGAGCAAAUUAUUGAUUGGAAGGAAUACUUUACAAUUCUGUUUAUGGAUGUGGAGAAUGUAACAUUGGAUUUCGAAACUGAUUUAAUUCAAAUAUCUAACAUCGAAUAUUUUGAAGCUCUAUUCGAAUUAAUCAGUAAACAUAAAAACCAAGCUAUUGUCAAUAUUUGGUGGGAAGUGGUUGUCACUCUUUUGCCAUACACUACAAAUGAGAUGCGAUUUGUACAAGAUAGAUUCUACUAUGAAACAACCGGAUUAGAAAAUAAUCCUUCAAGAUCACUUUAUUGUGCAAAUGCUGUAAACUCAAUGAUGGGAAUGGCUGUUUCACGUUUAUUAUUAGACAUGGAAACAAUAUAUAAUAAUACAAUAAUGGCGGCUGAGAUGAUCGAAAAUAUUCAUUGGGCGUUCGAAAAAAUAGUCAAAGAAUUAAAUUGGAUGGAUUAUACUACCAAACAGAGGACACUAUAUAAGGCACAGCAAAUGAAAACAUUUAUUGGAUUUCCUGAAUUCAUAAAUGAUCCCCUUCAACUCGAUGAUUACUACUCUGAAUUUGAAGUAAUGGAAAACGAUUAUUUUGGCAACGUUAUACUUUAUGUUCAACAAGAAUUGAACAAUUCUUUGUUGGGACUUAGGCAAUUCAAUAAUUACACAACAAACUCUUGGGCAUCAGAUCCAUUAGAAGUAAAUGCGUACAACUGGAUCCAAGCAAAUGCAAUAACUGUUCCAGCUGGUAUAUUACAAUUUCCUUUCUUUGGACACGAUUUGCAGAUGCUCAACUAUGGUUUUCUUGGUUCUAUACUGGGCCAUGAACUGACACAUGGUUUUGACAAUACUGGCCGAAAAUUUGAUCACGAUGGAAAUGAAAAUAUGUGGUGGACUAAUCAAACUAUCGCGGAGUAUGAAAAACGUAGCGACUGUUUCAUCCACCAUUAUGAAUCUUAUUUAGUACCUGACAUCGAAGAAAAGAUAAGUGGUAAAAUGACAUUGGAUGAAAAUAUUGCUGAUAAUGGUGGAUUGAGAGAAGCACUGUUGGCAUAUAGAAAAUUUGUUGAUGAUCACGRUGAAGAACCUAAACUACCUGGAUUCGAACAGUAUAGUAAUGAGCAAAUGUAUUAUUUAGCUUUUGCAAAUAAUUGGUGUGAAGCAACAACACGGGAAUCGUUAUCAAAUAGCAUAUUAGACGAGCACAGUCCAAAUAGCAUUCGAGUUAUUGCAGGAUUAACUAAUUCAGAUGAAUUUAGCGAAGUAUGGAAAUGUGAAAAAGGUUCAGGAAUGAAUCCACAGAAUGAUAAAUGUAAGAUAUGGUGAUAGUUAAAAGCAUAAUAAUUGUUUUUAUUUAUUAUAUCACCAUAAACAUUAUACGUUUCUUAAUACGAAUGAAUUACUUGCUAUAUAUCAUUUUUAUUUUUAUAUAAUUAUAAGCUUUAAUGCCAUUAGGAUACUUUUGUUACCAAAUAAUGUGAUUCGUAUGAAAAUAUUUAAAUAUUAUGUUAAGUCAUUAUUUUAUUAAUUGCUUAGCUUUAAAAGAUACUUAUGGUUAUCUACUUACUAAUCUAUAUGAAUGUAUAUUUUGAUAAGUGAUAAUUAAUAGAGGUUUAAAAAAAAUAUAUUUUUCCA